AUGUGUGUCCCCAGCAUCUUAAAAAGACAGUGGAGAGCACGCAAAAAAGAAAAAGAAAAAUGCUGGCCGUUGCCCUUAGAAGGACAGGAAGUAAAGCAUGAAACAAAAAUAGUCUCUGCUCACAGACGAGGAAUUCCCGAUGUGUCAGGAGCUACAGGUGGAUACACACCUUCCUUUCAGAUAAAUGAAGCUGUACAGCUUGUGACCAUGGAGAUUUCUGAGGACAUCAGUACUGAGAACUUUUCCCUCUCCCAACAUCCACUUACAGCUAGUUCAAUGUGUCCUGUGAAUUCUACCAGUGUAUGUUCUUUAUCCCAACACACCAUUCCACCUUCUGCUCUUAGACUUAGUGGUCAGGAGGAGGAAGGAGAAAAGAGCCAAGACGAUAAAGAGAGGAGAGAGAACAUACAGAAAAUGCUUUCCUACUCCAGCUCAAGUGAUCAGUUUGUAGAACUUCCAAAACCACUUUAUACUGCUGAUUCCCAUGGCAGUCAGUGUUUCAGUACAGUAAAACCUCCUGGUGAGAAUCAUGCUUCAGAAAACAUUUUGAGAUCUGUUACUACUGGAGAGGUGCCCUUCUUGGAAAAUAGUCCACAUCUGUUUCAGUUAAUAGAAAGGGAAAUUGGAUUUUCAAGCAGUGAAAGACUUCCCACUUCACCUUGUGCUUCAUCACAACAGAACCUGUCAGUUGUAGAACCAGAGCAAGAGGAACAUCUGAAGGGGGCUGUGUUUGAAGGUUCUUUGAUCAGCAGAACCCAACUUCCAGAAAAAGAAAUGCAAGCUUCUGAAGAGGAGCAAAAUACUUCCAGGCAUAGCACUUUCUCAGCAUUUUCUGAUCAUCCUAACAAAGACUCCCUGAAAGGCUGUACUACAUCUGAUGGGAUUUCUACAAGCACUUCUAAAUCUACUCAGUUAUCUGACAGAGGAAAGCUAGAGUUUUCUAAGUAUGGUCAAGCAACAUUUUCUAACAUUGCAUUUCACUUUUCUGACAAGAAAUUAAAUGAAGCAGCAAUAACAGAUUCAUGUCGCAAGCAGCUGUGCUCUGAAAUUGCUAUGAGACAUCAGUUAAGAAAGAGCAUCCCUGCUGAACCGUCUCCUACUGAUGCUGUCUUUGCCUCAUCUUCUCAGUCAGGCAGCCAUCUUGCCAAGUCUUCUGAGACAUACAGCGGCAAACAGAGUACAAUUGUAGAAAUACAGACAGGGCUUAGUGCAACAAAUUCAACUACUUUAUCAGGGUUUAGUAUCGAACGAGAACAUAUCAACACAGAAAUUUCUCCCUUUGACAAUCCUGUUCCAGUCAAUGUGUCCUUCAUCAGGCGACUAGCAAAUCCCAUUUUCCAGUCUACUCCAGGAGGAGCUUUAGAUUUACCAAAGAGCAUAAGAACAGAAUUUCCAAGGACUGUAACUGUGCAGAAGUUGAGCAGUGGAAGUCCCCAAAUGUCGCGCAGAGUAAGUUCUUCAAAGAGUUCCUCAAGAAGCACUCUGGCUGCCAGGUUUGAGAAACAAAAUUUGGAUGAGAAUCAUAAAGAAGCAGAUUCUGAGAGGGACAAAACUGUAGCAACAUCUCUUCAAAACUUGAAAGUACAGACACUGCCGACUUUAUCUUAUAUGGAGAAAGUGGGAUCUUGGAAGACAAGUCAGUCUCUAGGGUCAAUGUCAUUUGACAGUUUGGUUCUGCGGGGCCUAACAGGGGUGUCACCCAAGCAAAAAGCCUACACUGCUAUUGCAGAUUCCUUAAACCAUAUUCUUUCUCAGAGGAACAGCCAGGCUGGUUCACAGAAAAAAGUUUCUACCUCUCUUGAAGGGAGUUUACUGCAGUCUAAUUCCAUAGGUCAGGAGGAACAGAAAUGUGAGCCUUCCUCACUAAAUAGGUCAAGGUCUUUAACUUCAGUUAAUGAAGUCACCAAAAACAGUAAGCAGUCCAAUGUUUUUGAGACAGGGAACAAAGAAAUGCUGUUUCAGACAGAAGGAAAACCGGUCCUGACAGAAGAAGGUAAGGGUAACAAAGUUGAAGAUGGUCCUCUUAAUAUCAGUGACCUUGUUGGCUCUGUGGACUCCACACCCAAGAGACUUCCAUCCUUUCUUGAUAGCAGCAAAAAAAUCACUGAUCCUAAUUUUGAAGAUGUGAAUUCAGAUGCAGAUGGCAAUACAAUAAAAUGCCAAGAAGUCAUUCCCAGGCUUCAUAAAGAAGAUACAAAGGCAAGUGAGCUAGUCCAGGACCAGGAUGAGAACAUUGUAAAAGAGUCAGGAGGCAUCUGUGUUUCAACAAAUGGAAUUAAUUUGAGUCAGUUCAGUGAUGUGUCAUUAAAUAAUGAGCUGAACCUUUUCACUGGCUCGCAGGCCAAUAGCCUUGAGGAACAAAUGCAACCCGGUUCUACUGGAGCAGUUUCAGAGCAGUCUCUCACAAGCUUGGAGGUGGACAACUAUGUUCCCUGCUGGUCUCCAACACCAGCCAGUCCAGAACCAAAGGAAUUAAACAUUGAAGAAAGAAUACCGGUGUAUCUCCGGAACCUAGGAAUUGAUCAGUCCCCUUCUACCAUACUUCCACCAUUUGUUCCAAGAGGACCUGUACGAGAGCGUGAGCUUUCUCCCUCAGAGUUGCUGACACUGAAGGGCUCCGUGGACACAGUAAAAAGUACUCUGCACUCUGAAGGACUUGACUCUCCAGUGGAAGAAGACAUUUUGCAGACCACAUUCCAUUCAACAGUCAGCAUAUCAGUUGCUUUGGGGUCACAUAGGAAUAAUGACACUCCACCAGGUACCCAGCCCUUCCCUUUGCAGGAUCAGAUGCCUUCCCAAGAGAAGCUAUCCAGUCAGUUCAGUUCCGCCUCACAGCCUAGUCAGUUGGAAUUUUCUGCCCAGUCUCCAUUCACAUCUACAGCAGCAAAGGAGAAUGCAGCCAUAUCAAGUGCUGAACAGCAUAAGGCAAAAUCCGCUUCUCUGUCUUCUGCAGACUCCACUGAUGACCUUAGUUUUAUUUCAAAGCCGUUGUUGACACUAAUUCAGAAAUGUGGCUCUGGGGAGUUAGCCUCUACAGAAAGUCCUUCUUCCACUUCAUUUAUUAAAAGAGAUGCAGUUUCUAGAGUUACAAGUAUAGAAGGUACGGCCCUACCUUUACAAAGGGAAUCUUCACCUCUGAAUUUAGGCAGUGAUAAUUUACCAUAUAAUCUCAACAGGAAUUUGGAGAGUGAUUCGUUUGUUGGAACCAAAACACUAAAUGAGAUUCGGAAACUGUUAGCAGAAGCUGAGGACAGUAGUUCAAAAAGAGUACGUUUUGGAUCUUUAUCAUCCUCUAUACAAGAUCCCGAAGAACUGUGUCUUUUCUUGGAGCAGAAUUUGGACAGUUUCCAUGAUUCGACAAUAUCUAGUGAGGAGGAGGGGCAUCAGACACCACUGGUUGGGAAGUCCGCAUCUUCAGAAAAUCUCCUCAGCAGUGACUACUUUAAAGGUAGUGUGCUAACACACAGCACAUCAAUGUUCCACAGCAGCAGUAAUUCAGAAUGGAAAGACUCCGAUAGCAAUGUGCACCUCUUGGGAACUGGUAUGUCAGAGGACCUUCAACAAGAAAAAGCCUGUCCAGUCUCUUUUGGAGGUGUUCAUGUGCCUGUCAACAUUGUACCUUUCAGAAGGUUUGAACCAGAAGGGUGCAGUGGAGCAGCUGUGACUCAAACCAUUCUUACUCGUGUAGCUGGGGGUAUCACUAAUGUGCCAGAGCCUGGCAGUCCCUCAGAUCAGAAUGGGCUCCCCAUUGGACUACAGCAGCAGCAGAGGCCACAAAUACUUGAAAGUGUCUCUUUUAAUAGCUGUAAGGAAGACAUCAAGGAAAAAGACAGAGGAAGAGACGAGAGUUGUAGCACAGACUCCCUUGCAGCUCGGGUCGCCAGUCUGUUGAAAGAUGAGUCUCCCAUGGCUCUGGCCACUCUUAUAAUUAACAGUGCUGAUACAGAACAACAUCGAACCAGAGAACUUGUGAAACUACAGCUGACCAGUGAACCUUUACCCACAGCAGUAGAGCUGAAUGAGGAGGACAGGAGGAGAAUCGAUGAAAUAAAAGCAGAGCUGCUUCGGAAACCAAGAAUCACUGAGGAUUCUUUGAAGGUAUCUUCUUCUUCAAGUGAAACUAUGCCAUUGCCACGGAAACUGAAUGAGUCUUGUGCAGGUAGGCUGAAAGUUGCUGAUAGUUUAGAGGAAACCCAGGCUCUUACAGAGUUGCCACUUACUAGCCAGGAUGCUGCUCAGUCUCUUCCUGAGGUUCACCAAAGCAAAGAGUCAAACACACCAGCUUCCAUCCAGGCCACAAAUAAAGCUGUUGCAGUCACCCAGAGAAAUGAUAAUCAGCUUAAACCUGCAGCUACAAUGGAAACCCCAAGUAUACAGUCCCAAAACAACAUCGCCCAGCCAAUAUUGUCUUUGACAGCAGGAGCUGGAAGAUUUAUUUCCUUAAAUACUGCUCAGUCACACAUUACUAGCCAGUUACAAAAACUGACUGACAAUGUUUUUGACACUAGUGUCCAGUUACAAACUCCUUUGCGCAAUGACUUAGAUGCUUGCUUGAGAAUGAUAGCUGAUACUUCCAAAAAUGAAGAUGGUGGAGUACCAGAUAUUACACAGAUGGUAACAAGAGAGUCCUUGAAUCACAUUGCAUCUAUUACCUUCUCAUCCCGGAAACGCAUUCCAUCAUCAUCAUCAUCAUUUUCUAGUCCCAUCAACAGUCCUGCCAAAACUAUGUUUCAUAAAUGGUCUGAUAAGCCUGUAGAAGAGAGUACUAGAAAAGCUAUGUCAAACUUUCACUUGUCUUCUCCGUGUACGAGUCCAAACCUCAAUAAGAUAGAAGAUGAGUGCAGGCCUGUUGGUGUACAUCUCAGUGAAGUAAAGGAAUCAUCAUCAUCAUCAUCUGCCCAUCAAGAGGAAUCUGGUAAUGUGGAGGUUAUUUCUAAUGGUGCCAUUACUGAGGUUACAUCAUUUGUGCCAAAGAGGAGUUUUAGUGCAUCAGAGAGUGCAAAAGGUGGCUCUUUUGUUAUUCAGAACCAGCAGAAACAUGAUGAUAGACUGUUCCUUAAUGAGCAUGAUUCAGGACACGUGCCCUUUGCUGCCACAAUUAAUCUUCAGCAUUCAAUGAAAAAGCAGAAAAUCCAUGUGCCUUUUACUGCUGAAUCAGUUGAUGUUCAUGAGCCAAAAUCUUCAAGACAGAAGGAAAAAUUUAAUGAUUCUGAUUCUGGUACUCCAAAGUACGACUAUGCUAAGGUUUCCAGCCCCAAAACUCACACUCCUGAGAGUAAAAUCACUCACUUUCCUGAACAGGGUGCUCAGUUCAAGACCACAUGCAUUAGAGAGUCACAGUUCCCUUCCCAGACAAUUGAAGAGAUCAAGCAGACAUCAGCCACAGCGGUAGCUUCUUCACUUUUAUCUCCUUCAAAGAGUGUGUGUUCUUCCCUCCACAUAACUGUCUCUCCAAAGUGCUCUGACCCCAGUACCUAUAUUUCUGCUGAAAGACCAUGCAUACUUGUUGAAAAAGGAGCUGAAGAAAGACUUGAAACAUGUAGUCUUCAGGAUGAAGAAAGAUCUAAAAGUGUGUCAUCAUUGCAUCCUUUGGGAAAUGUGUCACCCUAUUUAAGAUCUUUAGCACCAUUAAAGUCUGGGCUGCAGUCAGAGCAGGAGUUUACAUACCUCAUACAGCCGGUGCCACCAGCACUUAAUGAUUGUACUGACAAUGCAUCUAUUCAUGAGAGAGUUACAGCCCAGCAAAAUCAGAGCCACAGGAAUGCCUGUAGUGGAACUGUGCUUGAACAAAAUGAAGAGAAUCUCAGGGAUCUGUCUUCUCAACAGCAGUUUAUAGAGGACAUUAAUAAAAUACAUUUUUCUAAUCAAACUGUAAAAGAGACUGACAUUUCUGAGAAGAUAUAUUCUGCUAAUCAGGCCGUAAAAGACGCUUCUACUGUCCUUCCGGAGAAAUCAUUAUCAGCAGACAUUUCUGUUGAACACAGCUACAUUAAGAGUGGCCAUGUCCAAAUGCCUGCUUAUGAGUUCAGUGGAAUUACAGGUGUCAAACAAGUACCUGCAGGACUUGAUGUGCACACCAGUUAUACAGAUCAGCUUAGGUUGUUGCCUUAUAAACCUGUUGGAAGUCAUGAUGUUUUCUAUACCCCUUACCCUGAGAAUGAGAUUCAAAUAUCCAGAUCUGGAACGAGUGUUGAAAGCUCUCACCCAGGUUCAGAUGAUGCAAUUCCUCCAAAAUUCCCAGCAGAGGUUCUGGGGGCAAGUGACAAUUUUUCAUUUAAGACAUCAUUUACCAGGCACCAGGAAGGAAUAUACAAGAAGAAGAAAGGCAGUGUAAGGGUUGCUUGGCAGGAAGAGGAAUCUGCAGUGCCAGACAGCAACGUGAGAGGUUCCAAGCAGCCUGUUUCAUCAGAAAAGAGAGAUGCUUCUGCUUCUUUGACCCCAGUGCAGUCUUACAUUAAGUAUCCAUUACAACCUCAAAGCAAGAGUUCCUCUCCAGGCAAACAGGAGAUAGCAGAUCAUGAAAACGUGAGGGUCGGUCCUGAUGAUACUGGUCAGAAAGGGGUGCAUUUCAGAACCACUCCUCACUCCACAGAUUUUAAGCACAGCCAGAAAGGUAUUUUUCAGGAAGGGGCAAGAUUCAGAGAUAGUCAUCAGUAUCCUGAUUACAUGAUUGACAAGUGGGGACUACAUGAGAAAGAACUACGCUUCAAAAGUACGUCUUAUCCUGCUCAUUACACAGUAGGACAGGAAGGAAUGCAGUCAAAAGGCACUUUGCAUUUGAAAAAUUACACAGCUAAAGAAACAGGUUACACACACAGGAAGAGAGGAGCACAGCAUUUCUCUGCGUUGAGAGCUGAAGCUGACCACAGUUUCUGUGAUACACAUUCUGCUUCGGACACUUCUAGAGAAAGUGGGACAGAAGAACUCCAGCAUGCAAAACCACUGGUAAAUCACCACUGUGAGCUUGCUAGGAGCAGGGCAACUGAUGGUAUGCAAAAGCAGCUUCAGGAACUUCCAAGUAACAGAAGUGUGCAGACUAAUGGUAGUUUGGAUGAGCUCUGGAAGAAAUUCUUACAAAGGCAGAAAAAACUGAACAGUUUUGAAGUCAGCAGACAAGGGGAGCUUUCGUUGGUUGAACGUCUGGAAAGGUUGGCAAGACUGCUUCAGAACCCUGUCCAGCAUAUGCUGCAGAUCUCCGAACAAGAAGAGUGGCGCAGUGGUAAAGAGCAAGAUACAUGGCAACAAGAGCAUCCCAGAAAAAGGGAAAGAGAGUCGCUGAAAACAGUCAGGCUGGACUCUGAAUCUGGUCACGAUGAACUACCUUUCCAGGCCCACACACCACUGAUACAAAAACCUGAAAAGGAGCUCUGUACAGAUCAUAUCAAAAGAAUCUUGCAACACAAAUAUAAAUCUGACAGCAUUAGUGACAUAUCAUCUACAGUUGGCCAUCAAAUGGGGACCAUCAACAUAACUACCGACUCUGAAACUUUAACACAGACAGAGGCAGAAUCCUGGACCCAAACUGAGACGAACAGCACCAUUUCUACCAUAGACACAGCAAGGCUAAUUCGAGCUUUUGGACCCCACAGAGUUUCUGUCCAACCACAAAUUUCCAGACUCCACAGAAUUAUUGAUAAACAGAAAGAAAGGACUGAAAACAAGAUGUCAAAAAGGAGGAGGAGGAAGGAGGAAGUAAGAGAUGAAGGUCACUCACAAACUGCUCGUACUAAACACAAGCAAAGUUCAAAGGAUUUGAAACUGGAUUCAUCGGACACAAUGUCUACUUCUAGCAGCUCUGUUGUCCUGGCUUUCAGUCGAGGUGAGGACCGUACUGGCAUCAGGAGAUUAAACAAAGCUGUCCAGGCAGGAGACUUUGAGAUUGUUAGUAGUGCUACAAAAAAGAACACACGAGAUGUGGGUUUGACAUUUCCUUCUCCCCGUCCUGAUUGUACACUGCCACAACACACAGAAUCUGGCUCGAUUCUUAACCCAAAAGUUCAGUUUCAGACAGAAGACAAUACUUUCUUGCAAGACAGGAAAACUAAGAAAUGCAUCAGACAAAGACCCUGUGAAGGUAUAGCUUGGAUUGUUCCCGUGGAUGAUUUGAAGUCAGAGUCUAAAAAAGAAAAUCAUCUAAGAAGUUUUGGUCCAGGUCCUGCCUGGUUUGAGCCUCUAUCCAACACCAAACCUUGGAGACAGCCACUCAGAGAGAAACAUUUGCAGGAACGGCCAGUCAGAGAUGUUGAGUGGAGCCACAAACAGAUUGUUACAUCGCAGGAAAAACCUCUUAGUCCACUGGUGCGUUUAACACUUCAGGUAGGUACUUUGCUUUUUAUUAAGAAUGUUGAGUAUUGCAAAGUGACAUUUUUGAAAUUUAUGGUUGCAGAGUUGUAA